AUGUUUCGGUCCGAUCUGGAGCUGGGUCUUUUAUUGGGUACCAAGGUGUGGUGUCCCAUUGAGGAAGUUCCAGGGUAUGAGGUGCUUGUCGAAAUGCGUCAAGAACUUCCACGGGACUAUUGCCGCUCAAAUCAACCGCCCUACAGACAAGUAGUUCCAGUGUUGGAGGAAAUCCUACUAGACACGUUGAGCUUCGCCAACAGGCUCAACAGGGCAAGUCGAGGUCCGAGAAAACCUACCGACUAUUAUUUCCACCAGACCGUGGUUCUUCUCGGGCACCGUCUCCUCAACCUGAGCACAUUUGUGGACUCCGCAUUCGACAGUGAAUUUGACAAAAACCUGCAUCUUGGCUUAAGUACUUUCGUCGCAACCUUUUUCAUCGGUCCGACACACAAGAUCUCGGAUUUCAAGCUGCUGGCUGGCAUCCUUCGGACAGCUGCGGAGACGAGCCUUUCGAAAGACAAGGCCAAUAUGGAGAUCAUGCUAUGGACUUUGUCGUUGGCAAGAGCUGAUAUGUUCGACGAGAUAGGGGAUGACUGGCUGAUUCAGACAGCAAAGAGUCUUAUUUCCCAUCUUGGAAUCCAGUCUCAGGAGGAUUUCGAGCGAAUGCUUCACAAAUAUCCUUGGGUCGAUCCUCUUCAUUCUGAAUCAGCACAAAAGAUCUUCAGCGACCUUUGCCAGCACAACUCCGAAAUUAUGAAGUCUCUGACGAAUGAUGUCUGA